ACAUCCAUUGGUCAGGGGCAAAUACCACUGGCUCUGCGUUCUCAGUCACUUCGUGCCAUUUCACCAAGUAGGAGCCAAAGGAAAGUUUGAAAAAUGAAAACCUUUGCAAGACUUGUUCUGGGACUUGUCAUCUUUGAUGUUGCUGUGGCUGCUCCCACUCCAGAGCCCAUCAACUAUGACUCAGAAACCUAUGAUGCCACCUUGGAAGACCUGGAUAAUUUAUACAGCUAUGAAAACAUACCCAUUGAUCAAGCUGAGAUUGAAAUAGGGACAGUGAUGCCUUCUGGGAACAGAGAGCUCCUGACCCCGCCACCAUUGCCUGAAGAGGAGGAGAGUGAAGAGAAAGAGGAAGAAUCCACCUCCAGGCUGAUCGAUGGCUCUUCCCCACAGGAGCCAGAAUUCACUGGUGUUUUGGGCCCUCACACCAAUGAAGACUUUCCCACCUGUCUCUUGUGUACUUGUAUAAGUACCACCGUAUACUGUGAUGACCAUGAACUUGAUGCUAUUCCUCCACUGCCCAAGAACACUGCUUAUUUCUAUUCCCGCUUUAACAGAAUUAAAAAGAUCAACAAAAAUGACUUUGCAAGCCUAACUGAUUUAAAAAGGAUUGAUUUGACAUCAAAUUUAAUAUCUGAGAUUGAUGAAGAUGCAUUCAGAAGGCUGCCUCAACUUCGAGAGCUUGUCCUGCGUGACAAUAAAAUAAGGCAGCUCCCAGAAUUGCCAACCACUUUGACAUUUAUUGAUAUUAGCAACAAUAGACUUGGAAGAAAAGGGAUAAAGCAAGAAGCAUUUAAAGAUAUGUAUGAUCUCCAUCAUCUCUACCUUACGGAUAACAACUUGGACCACAUCCCUCUGCCACUCCCAGAAAAUUUACGGGCCCUUCACCUCCAGAAUAACAACAUUCUGGAGAUGCAUGAAGAUACCUUCUGCAAUGUUAAAAAUUUGACUUAUAUUCGUAAGGCACUGGAGGACAUUCGAUUGGAUGGAAACCCUAUCAAUCUCAGCAAAACUCCUCAAGCAUAUAUGUGUCUACCUCGUUUGCCAAUUGGAAGUCUUGUCUAAUUUCAAAUAAUGGUUACAGUGAUCAUGCCUAUUGUAACAAAAUGAUGCUUACUACUCCUUUAAAAAAAAAUUCAUCAUAAUACUUUCAAAUUGUGUUCUUAAUAAUGUUAUGAUUACAUAAAAUACAACUAAGCAUUUUAAGAUAUGUUGACAUUUUAGUAAUCUAAGAAAAUAUCAGAUGAGUUAGGAAUAUACCUAGAAGAUGAACAAAAAGGACAAAACUAAAUGAUAAAACAAUUGUAUAAUUAAGAAAUCACAUGUAACUUGCAUUUUCUAGGGAUCUCUAUCCUACAUAAUUUCAAACUAACUAUAUUAGAGAUAAAAAUUUAAAAAUGAACACUUUAGGUAUUUUUCCAAGUUGUAGAUGUUUUUAAUUAAACUUUUCUAUUUCUCUUUUUUUUCACUAAAGCAUGUUCUUUUUUUCCUUAACUCAUUAAAGAGUGUGAGGAUAAGAAUAAAAAUUUUUCAAAAUUA